CACGCUGAGUGCCUGAAGACAAGGAAGGCCAAGGCGGCUGCUGCUAAAGCCGCAAUGGCGAAAGCCAAGAAUGCCCUCGCCUCGGAUUCAAACUCCUCGGCUUCUGAUGCUGCCCGACGAACUGCUGAGGGUGAGCAGCACUUAAUUGCCACCAUGCUGGCUCAGGGUUCUGGGGCCCCUGCUCUCGAAGCUGCCCCUCCACCGCCGGUCAUCCCCUCGAAGGCGGCUCCUCAUAAGGGGACGGAGAAGGUCCCCGAGAAGAAGCAGAAGAGGGGCCGUGAGGCAGUCUCCUCCGGGCCUCUGCUCGAAGACGCCGGCUCCCUGCCUUUGAGCCGUCCGGCGGAAGACCUUUGGAGGGAGAUGGCCCUCAAGGCCGGUCUUGAGUUGCCCCGCCGUUCGUCGUCUGAGGCGACCAGUGCUGCCUUGGCAGCCGCUCUUCAGUCUGGGCUUCUGGUCCUUCAGGCUGAGGCUGCUAGGGAGGCCGACCUGAAAGAGGUUAAGGCCAAGGCCGAGGCAGCCGUUGCUGCAGCUCGGGAGGCCGCCCGCCGAGCCGAGGCGGAAUCUGCGGCCAAGGAGAAGGAGAUCGCCGCCCUGCAAGCAGAAUCCCGCCAGCAGCUGGUUAGCCUUGAGAAAGCUGGCUUCAAGCUUGUCCCGGUGCACCCUGCUGCAAAGGAUGCCAGUCCGGAGUGGCUGGUUGAUACCUCCGGCUACCGGAACACUGGGGAGUUCAUGGACUCCGCCAAGGACUACUGCGCCGGGGCCUUCGGGGACGUGUUCUCUGCGGCGCUACCAAAGAUUCCGCCCCGGCAACGUCUGGCAUGCAGCGUCCGGAUCUUGGAGAGCUCUCCCCUGUCCCACAAGUUCCUCUACGAGGUCGGCUACAGUACCUUCGCCGCUGGCUACAAUGAGGGGG